UUUCGUGCUAUAUUCAGCACUCUUAUACCGAGUACAAUACAUGUGGUUAACCUGAAGAAGAAUAGGACGAGAAUUUGGGUUUGUUCACACACAGGAAGAUUACGUUUUUACGAAUAGUAUGACUACGUUGCCGCAAUAAAUUAAACGACUGUCGCUUUGGCUGAAACACAAAAUAGGAUUAAAAAGAAAAGGAAGCUGUGUGAAUACAGAACACCUUUGCUGUGAACUAACAAGGCCAGGAUGAAGUUACCAAAUUGGUUCCCGUCUAAAACUCCUUUAUUAUACAGCGCAUUUUACUUUGUAUUCUAUGCUGGUUAUAUCUCGUUCUUGUUGUAUGUUCCUGUCUAUUUUAAAUAUCUUGGUUUGAGUGCUAUUUAUGUCGGUCUUCUGAACGGCAUACGACCUCUGAUGCAAACAAUCGGGGCACCGUUGUGGGGGGUUAUCGGUGACAGGUUUCGAAUCAGAAAAAUCAUUUUUAUCUUCGCGUUCGUUGUUAUGACGGUAAAAACAAUGAUGUUCUUCCUAUUUCGCCCCGAGGACACAAUGUGUGUUGUAACUUACUACAAUUCGUCGAAAUAUAUAAUCCGAAAUGAAACGUACGUUGUCAAACAUGAUAUCAUUAAGCGAUGGACCUCAAGUGAAAUAAAUCCAAACUUGGACAUAGAGCUGACAAAUUCGAAGGUUAAGCUUACCGAUGCGAAGCUUGAAAUUUGGAAACAAAAAGGGUUAAACACGUUCACAAAUUCAAACACUUUCAAUAUUAACAACAAACACUUUACAGAAAUGUCAAACAAGGUACAAAAAACACCACAAAACGAAAGAAUAUUGGCAGACUCCGGGCCUUUCAUGGAGGAUGAAAGAACAAUUGUAAAGAACUAUGAUGAUCACAGUGUACACUACAAACUAAACUACGACGAUGACGAAACUACUCGUGUAUUUUUCUCAAUAUUGCUACUAGUUAUUUGCGGUGAUGCAUUUGAUGCUGCAGUAUUCACUCUUGCAGAUACAUCUUGUCUGGACACACUUGGCAGUGAAAACUACGGUUACUAUCGCUUAUGGGGUUCAGCAGGCUGGGGUAUCAUGACACCUAUCAUAGGAUUUAUCAUCACCCAUCUCAACCGCGAUUAUUGUGGCACAAAUGUAGGCUCCUAUUUUAUUAUUUUUUAUUUCUACCUUGGAUUAAUGUACCUGGGGUUAUUAUUCGGAUCUCAUUUUGAGUUCAGUUAUAAUCAUAAUGAUCAUGUACACCAAACAGUCAAAAGUGCUCUUUUGAAUUUCCAUUAUGGCAUAUUUUUGUUUGUAACAUUCUAUGCUGGAGUCUGUUAUGGUUUCCUGCUUUAUUUUGUCAACUGGUUUAUUGAUAGUCUCGGCGGGACAGCUAUAAUCAUGGGUACAGCAACAGCGUGUAAAAGUGUCAUGGAUGUACUUGGUUUCUUCCUGGCAGGACAGAUUAUUGAUGGUUUGGGCCAUCUCAAUACAGUCACAAUCAGCUUAAUCGCUUACAUUGGAGCCUUUGUUUCUUACUCCUAUCUUACAGAACCCUGGUUUGCAGUUCUUAUAGAAGUCCUACAUGCUGGUGCUUAUGCACUAGUGUGGUCAGCAUCAGUUUCGUAUCUUAAUAAGGCUGCACCAGCUGGAUCUAGCGCUACUGUACAAGGAAUCCUGCAAGGGGUGUAUUGGGGACUGGGAACCGGUGGUGGCACCAUCGUUGGUGGCUAUGUUGUUCACGUGUUUGGUUUCAGAUCAACGUUUCAAGGCUUUGCCGUCGUGACAGGAGUUGUACUUACAGUGUUCCUUACAACGCAACUUAUAUCAAAAUAUUCCGACCUCCCUCGCGAUGCAGGAAAUGAUGAAAUGGAGGAUGGUGAUACUGAUGAAAUGUUUUUAAGUCCUCAGAAAUUCAACGAAGAAAAUUCAUUUGAGGACGUUGAUGCUACGAUUGCUGAAGAAAGUUGGGAAGUUCAUUGGAAAACCCCGCCUGCGCCUGAGGCUGCACCCGAACCUGCAACUGAGGCUGCACUUGAGCCUGCACCUGAGGCUGCAUUUGAGCCUGCACCUGGGCAUGCAACUGAGCCUGCACCUGAGGAUGCAUCUUCACUUAAAUCGGAAAGCCAGCCUAAAAAACUCAAUUCUAAUCAACCUGCAGAGACAGCCCAACCUGAUUAUUCAGCUGACCUAGCUGAGUCAACGGUUCCUAUUGCAGAUGGAAAUGUUGAAGAGCAAGACCUAUCAGAACGUAUAAAGGACACAACGAAGUUAAUUGUCGGUAAUUAGAGUUCUAAUUGAUAUCAA